AUGCCGCCACUGGGAAAGAUGUCUGAGUUCGACCAGAAAACGCAAAACUUCGAGUCGUACUUAGAGCGUUUUGAACAUUUCUUAACGGCUAAUGAUAUAGUCGACGCAAAGCGCAUUCCCGUCUUUUUGACAGUCAUAGGACCAGAGGCUUACGAAGUGCUGAGAAGUCCUGUUGUGCCGGCAGCCCCGGGAGAAAAGUCAUACGCAGAAGUUAAACUCCUCCUGAAGGAGCACUACAGCCCCAGGAGUUCCGUAAUGGCAGAACGUUGCAAGUUCAACCGGCGCGUACAACAGGAGGGCGAAAGCGUGGAGGGGUUCAUCGUGGAACUUAAACAUUUAGUCAGGAAGUGUGACUACGGUGACUUUUUGCAAGACGCCCUCCGAGAUAGGCUGGUUGCUGGCAUACAGAACGAAGAGACCCAGCGUGCUCUGUUUGCUGAUCGAGAGCUGACAUUUGAUGGCACUUGCAAGAUCGCCCUGGAUAGAGAACUAGCGGCGCGAGACACUGAACAACUGCGGUCAAGAGAACGAGAGGCACCCGAGCUGGUCGUGAAAAGCCGACCACACCAGUAUCAGAGACCAGCUAAUCCUAAGCAUGUUGGAGCCCGCAAGAACGAAAAAUGCGCAAGAUGCCGCAGGGGACACUCGUCGGAAGAAUGUUGGCACAAAAACUUUGUCGCAAUAGUUCGGCUGUAG